CCCUUUCGGCUCCCAGGGAGCGUGCAGGCGCACAGCUGGCCUGCUGUCGGCGGCUGGCGCGUGCGCGCGUGCGCCGCGGCUUCACCUGUGCGCCCUCGGAGCGCGGCCCUGCUCCCCGGCUGCUUCCACGGCAACUUUUCUCUGUCCAAACGGGAUGUCAUCUGUCACUACUUCUACUGAUCCCUGUGCCAAGUUGAGAAGUGAACUGAAGUGAAGGUAUAAUUUUGAGACCUCUGCAUUUUUUCCAAGAACAAGAAAAUGAGCUCAUCUUGUGUUUUGGUGUCGUUUGAAGACUUGGCUGUGGAAUUCACCUGGGAGGAGUGGCAGGAGCUGAACCAUGCCCAGCGAGUCCUGUAUAGGGAUGUGAUGCUGGAGACCUACAGCAGCCUGCUGUCCCUGGGGUACUGCCUCACCAAACCUGACCUGAUCUUCAGAUUGGAACGAGGAGCAGAGCCAUGGAUGGUUCGGGACAGCCCAGCCCAGCGCCUCCAAGUUGCCCACAGAAGACGUGAUUUGAUCGUGACCAGCAAGGAGAGUCAGGACAGAAGUUUGCGGAAAACUCUGAUCACAAACAACACCACUUUCACUUACAAAGGAGCUGAAUGGAGAAAGACACCCAGUGUAAUGUCAAGCCAUAUUCCCAAACUGGUCAUCAAAAAGGAGAAUUGUUCAGGCGUGAAGCUUGAGACGUAUGAUGCAUUUCACAGCAUGCAUCUCCCUGCUGUGCUAGAAGAGGUGCAGGCUGGGGAGAGGUUCAAUGUGCUUGGUGUGCAUGGGAAUUGUCAUUGCUCGAGGCUGGUUAGUCAGCACCACAGGAUUCAGACUGCGCCGCAGCCGCUCGAGCACAGUGGGCUGGGGAAGUCUUUGCAAAGGAAGAUGUUCUUCACGUUUGAGAGGGCUUAUCCGAGAGAUCCCUAUGAUAAGCCCGCUAUUAUGGGAAGUACAUUUCAGAUAGAAAAGGAAACUUUGCUGAAAAACCCUAACCUCAGUAGAUAUCAACAGACUCACACACAAGAUAAACUCUGUGACUCUUUGAAGUAUGAGCAGGACAUGAAUUACCAGUCAGAUCUUACAAUGAGUCUGAGAAAUCAUGCUGGAAGGAAAUCCUAUGCAUAUGAACCCACUAAGCAGUUUUUCAGCUACAGAUCCUCCCAAACCAGUCAUCACAGAACUCACAUAGGGAAAAUGCCUAACGAGUACAGUGAAUGUGGGAAAAGCUUUUCCUGCAAGCCAGACCUUGCGACCAAUCCAAGGAUCCCUGCAGAGGAGAUGAUCUAUAAAUGUGAUGAGUGUGGGAAGACCUUUGCUCGGAGGUCAUACCUCAGCAGACACCAGAGAAUCCGCCCAGAGAAAAAACCGUUUGUGUGUAAUGUGUGUGGAAAAGCCUUUUCCCGGAAGUCAGACAUCAUAACACACCACAGAAUCCACACCGGAGAGAAGCCAUUUGCAUGUGGCGAAUGUGGAAAAGCCUUUUCCCACAAGUCGUACUUCCUCACACACCAGAGAAUUCACACAGGGGAGAGACCUUUUAAAUGUGGCGUGUGUGGAAAAGCCUUUUCGAGGAAGUCACAUCUCGUAACACAUCAACGGACUCACACAGGGGAGAAACCUUUUAAAUGCAGUGUGUGUGUGAAAGCCUUUUCCUGUAAGUCAGACCUCAAUAAGCAUGUGAAAAUUCACACCGGGGAGAAGGCUUACGAGUGUAACGAGUGUGGGAAUGCCUUUUCCAGGAGGUCAAACCUCCUGACGCAUAAGAGAAUUCACACCGGGGAGAAACCUUUUGACUGUAGUGAGUGUGGAAAAGCCUUUUCCUGGAAGUCAGACCUCAGGAAGCAUCAGAGAAUCCACACGGGGGAGAGACCUUAUAAAUGUAGUGAGUGUGGGAAAGCUUUUUCCCACAAGUCGCAUGUCAUAACUCAUCAGAGAAUUCACACGGGGGAGAGACCUUUUGAAUGUAACGAGUGUGGAAAAGCCUUUUCCUGGAAGUCAGACCUCAAGAAGCAUCAGAAAAUUCACAUGAGGAAAAGACAUUUAAAUGCAUUGAGUGUCAAAAUGCCUUUUGCUGCAGGUCCAGUCUCCUAACACAGCAGUGAAUCCACACAGGGAGAAACCUUACGCAUGUCAUCAGUGUGAGAAUGCCGUUUGCCACAAGUUGCACUUGAACAUCAGAGAAUUUACACAUGGGAGAGCAUCUUGAAUGUAGUGAGUGUAGGAAAGCCUUUUCCAGGAAGCAGCACUUAAUAGCAUGGAAGAGAAUUCACACAGGUGGAAACUUGGUGAAUGUAUGGGUA